CAGAUCGAGCGCCGCGACGCCUCGACGCGCACAGUCGCGGCUCGAACGCCGUUCUCACCGAACGUGUGUUGUCCUCGCGGACCGUGCGCUCGUCCUCGGCGGCGCGAAUGACAUUCCGUCGGUGUCCGGCGAUCGCACGCGAUUUCCAGAGAUACACUUGGGACGGGACGGAGGCGAUGACGUUCGCGCGAUCGUGAUCCCCGAGCCGCUCCGAAGAGGCUCCCCCCCGAGCCGAAACAACCGGAGGGAUCGAUCCAGUCCGAGUUUUCGGAGCACGCAGAGCCACGCACAUGUUCGGUGCUGAUGACUGGUGACGAUCUACGCGCGUCGAGACAGUGUCUCGUGGCUACCUCAGGGAGAUGACCGGCGACGCCGACUGAUCCUGUGAUCGUUCGAUCGAGAGACUGCGAUCGAUGUCGGCGUACAGAAUUGUGUACGUGACGUUCUGAACGGGCGGACGUGCCGAUUGGUGAUCGAGAAACGGGACGAGACUGUAGGCCGCUCUAUUUACUCCGAUUUUACUCCGGACGAUACUUAUCGUAAUGAGUCGCGAGCACGUGUGUGAUUUUCCGCAGUCUAGUCAGGGUUACGCGCGGUUUAAUCGUAUAUUUAAUAUUUCAUGCUAAUACCAAAAUAGAACUUAGAGCAGAUUGUAGUGACUGUAGGUGCGUAAGUCGUUUCGGUAUAAGAGAAAUGAUCGCCCACGCGUUAAUCGUUAGCAUACAUUAGCUAGAAAUUAAGAAUUCGUAACAGUAAAAGAACUACAUCCACGUAAAUAAGCGAACAUUUCAUAAACGUCUCAGCACGUCUGUGAUUUCGUUCGUAAAUAAGCUUUACGCUAUUCCCGCGCGACUCUUAUCGCAGGCGCACCGGUGCUCCAAGUGAUCGGAGUUUAGGAGACGAGUAAAACUGACACUCGGCUUUAGAGUCCUGUCAACAACUUUUCGAUCGCGCUCGGCUCUUAAUUAAUAAAAGUGUCAGGGCUCAAAUUGACGCUAUGAGUUUGUGAGAAUUCGAAUAUAAUAUGUCACGAAUGGCGGCGACUUCCGAGGCCCAGGAGACUUAUUGAGGCCCCAGGAGGGAAUGGAUUUUCAGAGCGCAAUGGACACCUUUGUAGAGGCAUGGAUGGCUGCUAACACGAAGACGGAACAAGUACAGAGCCAAGCGUUGGCAUUGACGCACAAGGCCUCACCACCAUCGAGGCCGAGCAGUGUGUCCUCGAUACCGAGGAGCCCUCAGUCCCAUCAGUCCCAGCAGUCUCAGCCGCAGAACGCGUCUCAGCACCCGUCGGUGCACCCGCUGCAGUCGCAGACACCUCUCAGUGCACCCCAGACACCGUUCUCCGCGCACAACCAGCAUCCGAAGCAAGAAAUCAACGCCAGUCCCAAGCAGGAGGGCUUCGAUCUCAGCAAAUCCACUUCCAGCACAGCGAAAAAUCUGCCGGUGCAUUGUGUGGUGGAGACGAUUCACAAUAUCGUGGAAAGCCAUGUGAGCAACAGCCGUGAAAAAUGGCGGAGUCCCCAAGUGGAGACGGACUCUUACGUUAUUAUCCCGGUAGCUAUGCCCUUUCAGGAUUUGGUGGGCGAGGCGCUUGUUCGUCUGGGAUACUCCAGUGAUCUGAUACCAAGUGCCAGGGGGAGCAUCGUCAUACGUAACUGGAAACCUCUGCCGAUGGAGAAAGUCGCCGAUGGACCGCUGCUAACAGUAGGAGACAUCCUGGCCGAAUUAACGUCAGUGGCGACCUUGAAGAUUCAGGUGUACAGAUCCAGGCCGCCACCUCCCAGUCCAGCAGCUGAGGUUAGAAACAAAUUGCUGAGGUUGCUCCUGUUGCACAGCCAUACGCUUCUCGUCUCCGCCGGGUGCCCCUUGGACGAGAUGACCCUGCUGUCCCUCUGUCGAGGAGGCAAUGACCUGUCAGAAGAGACAAAGAGAAAUUUCGAAACGUGGCUGCAGCAGCAACAGAUAGGUCUCGGUAUGAACCCGAUAGCACCCACUUCCAAUCAUCAUCAUCACACGCAAAGUCCACAGCCCGACAGCGGUGGCACGAUCGCUCCCAGCGGCGGACCGAUCGGACCGCCGCAUCCGGCGCUACUUCAGUAUUCGCACAAGACCAGGAUGAGGACCAGUUUCGACUCGGAGCUCGAGUUGCCGCGUCUCCAGCGUUGGUUCGCCGAGAAUCAGCAUCCGUCGCGCGAGCAGAUACAGCACUACGUCGCGGAACUGAACUCCCUGGAGUCGCGCCGCGGUAGGAAACCGCUGGACGCGAACAACGUUGUGUACUGGUUCAAGAAUGCCAGGGCGGCACAGAAGAGAGCCAGCAUGAACGGCUGCAGUCCGCCCGGACUCAGCCCGAGGGGCGCCAGUAUCGUCAGCGAGGACUGCACGGACGAAGAGGAGGACACUAGGCAUCAGUCGACAUCGGGGUCACCCUGUCCACCGAGCAGUCCACCCGUCGGUCCUCUGUCCUUGACUACGAGACCGGAGGAUCAGCAGCAGCCACCGACGUCGACUCCGUCCUCGGUGAAGCAAGAGGACGCGAGGGUGUCCUCCGGUUCCGAGGACGACGAGACCAGGCACACAGGCCCUAUCCCGCCGGGAUUUUCCUUGGUGCCUAGUCCAAUGUUCGGCCAUGGUAUAAUGUACAUGUCGCAUUAUCUGCCGCCGCGCGGACCGGCUGGUUGUCCCACCAGCAUGCUGGCCGACGAGAGAAGGAAGAGGAACCGGACGUUCAUCGAUCCCGUGACGGAAGUGCCGAGAUUAGAGUAUUGGUUCAAGCGAAGCACUCAUCCAAGCCACGCGCUCAUUCUGUCGUACACGGAGGAGCUGAACAAGAUGCCCUAUCGCCAGAAGUUUCCGCGUCUGGAGCCGAAGAACGUGCAGUUCUGGUUCAAGAAUCGCAGGGCCAAGAACAAGCGGCUGAAGAUGGCUCUGUUCGAGGGCGAGUCGCCGCAACAGCAUCCAUAUCACGCCGACUAGUUAAUUUCCUUAAAUAACGCCGACUAGGGACAGAUGCGCGAGAGAGGCAGGGACUGCGCGGCACGGAAAUAAAGGGAAAUCGUUAAUCGACUUGUUACUCCUUACUAUCGUUGACACGCGGCUUUAACGCUUAUUUCAGCCGCACAUUCAUUGUAAUUAUCACGUAACAAUUAAUAUAAUUAUUAUGAACUUUCAUGAGUGUAAAUACGAGAUGAUGUCGAAUAAAAGGUAUACGCCACGACAAAAUAAUAUUAUUAAGCAUCCGCCCUUUGCGCCACGUGCAAAUUGGGACGUGUCGGUAUAAAAACGGCGAUGGUAUUUCCAGACGAUUAAUAUUUAUCGUUAAUUUAUGUAUUGAUUAUACCUGGAUAUAAAGGCAAUACUGGAGAAAUAGAAAUAAAUAUGGAUCGUCUAUGAACCUGUACACAU